AUGCCUCGCAAGCAGUGUUAUUGGACGCGUAAGUUGGAAUUAGAAUUAGUUGAAUUUGUUCGUCAGAGAGACUUUAUUUGGCGACCAGUUGGUAAUACAAACCAUCAUAUUCAGCAGAAAUAUAAAGCGUAUGCUGAAUUCGCCUCUCGGUUAGGUAGAGGGUUUACAGCACGGUCAGUUCGAGAUCGCUGGGUUAACAUCCGUAGCACUUUCAACCACAAUUUGAGAAGGGUAGACAAGUCCAAGGAGACAGCUAAGAGUCCUGCAGACAUAUACGUACCAUGCUGGCCACUUUGGAAGCCUUUACAGUUCCUGAGAGAGACAUCCAAGAAAGACGAAUUUAGUUUUGAUAACUAUGAUGCUGUUCCUGGCUUCUUCAAGGAGCUAUCAAGUAAUCUGAAUGUAAAAGAAGAACUUCAAUCAGAAGUUGAUGACGUGGAGAUAGGUAUAAGGCAACGUGGCCAACGCACAGACAGACCGCGCAAAAAAAAUAAAGGAAUAAGAAAAUCCAGCAACGCCAGGAAUAAAUGUAAGCAAGUCAUAAAUGAACUUCUUCAAGCUAUGAGGCCGCUAGGUGCAGAUGCGCCACCCGAACAGCCAUAUUGGUUCUUCGCGAAACAUGUUGUCGGGAGACUGAGCUCUAUGCGGAAAGUUGAUGCAGAUUGUGCAGCUACUGACAUUCUUAAACUAUUGGAUGUCAACAUGGAUGAUAUCGCUUUGAAAUCUGAAUGA